UUUCAUAUCAUUAAAACAUAUUGAAACAAAAACAAGAGUACUCUCAUUUUUCAUAGGUUUCAAAUCAAAAGUCAUUAAAAAAAAAAAAAAAUGGAACCUGCUCAAUUGAUUUCUGAAGAAUGGGAUUCUCUUAGUGGACAGUACACAGCUGAGGAAGCUGACUUCAUGAAUCAGUUCCUUAGUGGUAAUAAAAAUACAAGUUUUGGCAUGCCAUCUUACUUUCCUCAUGCUGAUUUUAUGUGUUUCUCCCAAGGGAGUAGCACUACAAGUAGUGGAACCUACUCAUGUGAUUUGGCAACAAACUUUGAUUCACUGUCCAUGUUUUUUUGUUUGGAAGAUGCCAAAUUUAGUCCUCAAUAUUUGGAUGAUAGCAUAAGCAAACACAUAAAUAAUGACAUUAUUGAUCAUAAAGGGUCAUGUUUAGAACCUUCUUCAGAAGAAGAUAGAAGCACAAACAUGGAGAACCCUGCAAAGAGAUUUAGGAGCUCAUUAGAGGUUUCAGAAAACACGAGGAAUGUUAGAAAGUGUCCAAAAUCUGCUUCUAUGAGCAACAAUGAAGAGGGCUUAAUGUGGAAUGGCACCAACAACCGUUUUUCACAUGUUGACUCAAUCGGAGGAAUAAUAUCUUCAAGUUUGAGCCCAAAAGAACAUGAGGCACCUAAGUUGGGCAGAAAAUCAAGAGCCGCAAGUAGUCCUGCCACUGAUGCACAGAGCAUUUAUGCAAGAAAGAGAAGAGAAAGAAUAAAUGAAAGAUUGAGAAUCUUGCAAACCCUUGUCCCAAAUGGAACUAAGGUAGAUAUUAGCACUAUGCUUGAGGAAGCUGUCCAAUAUGUGAAGUUUUUGCAGCUUCAAAUUAAGCUUUUAAGCUCUGAAGAUAUGUGGAUGUAUGCUCCAAUUGCUUACAAUGGAAUGAACAUUGGAUUAGACCUCAGCUUUUCUUCUCCAACAAAUUAAUUAAAGGAAGAUGAAUAUGUGAUGAUGAUAGCAUAGCAAUUAAAGAGGAUGUAACAUUUCAUAUUUUUUGUUAUUUGUAUUGGAGGCUUGCUAACUAAUCAAGGCUCUUGUGGCUGUAAAGUCAAUUCUAGAACAUACUAAAAUGAUGGUGUCAAAAAAAUAUUUGCUUAUCAUUAGCAAGAGUCACAUACUUCAACAAUAAUUAGUCUGUGAUUGAAAGCUUAAUCAAACAAACCUCUUUAUAUUUUUGAGCAAUGAGUAAAAAAAUAUAAAAUCGUUGAA